AGUAGCAGCAAGAUUGUGAGAAACUAAAGUAGCUAGCUAGACAAGUAACAGCAGUCAGGUCUCAUAACAUUUCACGAAAUAGACUCUGCUCUUUGCUUACAAUGACCACAAAAAAGAAGCGUUCCUCAAAUACACAGAAUGACAGAUGGGUCGCCAUCGCUGCAGAUUCCGCAGUCGAAGCGUCAAAGGCGGGUGACAGUGGUCCUGUUUUCGUCAGCCUGAGGAACCCGGCGACAGAUGCAGCCUCCCUGUACCUUUUUGGCAGUGGCGAUUCCCAGCUCUAUGAGGUGAAAGCUUUUAAUGAAGAUUACCACUCUUGGUUCGUGGGCCAGGCAGUGCAAAGGGAUGGCAGACUUCUGUACAUCACUCCAAUGGACCCCCUAUUUCUGCUGCUGCCCUACCUGAUGAAGGCAGGAAAAGAGGGCAAGUUUCAACCCGUGCAGCAGGUGGUGAUGGAUGAAGAUUACCCAGCAUGCACCAGGCUGCUGAGCUGCUCUCAGAUACAGGCCUCCCUUCAUCAUGUUGCUGAGGAGAAAGAGGUUGGAAGUCAGAAGUUCCAUCGAUAUAGUCAAGAGAAGACGAUGGAGUGGUUAAAGAAGAAGGUGGAUAAGACUGCGAGAGCUCUCAAAAAGAGUAACAUCUCUGUGGGAGGUGGAGUGAAGUCCAUGACUUACAUCAGAGCAAAGCAGGAGUCUGAUGCUGGAGAAGAGGAUUACCUGCGUUACGCUCAUGGAUUAAUAUCUGACUACAUCAGCGACGACCUGAGCAGGGAGCUCCUGAAGGCCCUGGGGUUACCAGAGAUCUCCAGUCCAAAAGAGUUGGAGCCCCCGUCUAAGAAACGGAAAAUGUCAGACAGGCCGGUGGAAGCCGGGGAGGACUACACCAAGUUCAACAGUGCAGAUUUCGCCCGCAAACCUCCAAAGAAGAUGACAGCAGCACAGAAAUCUCUGGCCAAAGUGGACAAGAGUGGAAUGAAGACAAUGUCAGCCUUCUUCAGCCCCAAAGUCAAGACUGAGAAGAACUAA